AUGCAAGCCCCUUUGUCUCGUAUCGCUAACAGGCUAGGCAGAAAUGUUAUGUCUAACUUCGUUAGAAACCAUUCCCACGGAGGUGUCCCUGGCGAAAACUUACCCUUCGAUAUUUCCAACCGUUUUAAGUUAACUGCCCUGUUCACCGUCUUCAUUGGAUCUGGUUUAGGAGCACCCUUCCUCAUCACCCGUCAUCAACUGCUUAAGAAGUAG